AUGCUGCAGCCGGCCGCCGCCGCGGAGCAGCUGAACGGCUCGGCCGGGCCGCCGCUGCCCACGGGCCCGAGCUCGGCCAACGCGUCGUCGCCGUUGCCGUCGCCGUCGCCGGGGGGCGGCGUGAGCCCGUGGGACAUCGCGCUGUGCGCCACGGGCGCGGCGGCCGCCGGCGAGAACGGGCUGGUGCUGGGCGUGCUGCUGUCGGCGCCGGGGCCGCGGGCGCCCGCGCUGCUGCUCAUCGGCUCGCUGGCGCUGGCCGACCUGCUGGCCGGGCUGGGGCUGGUGCUCAACUUCGCCGUGCGCUACGCGCUGCGGCCGCCCAGCGAGGCGUGGGCGCUGGGCGCCGCGGGGCUGCUGCUCGGCGCCUUCUCGGCCUCGGCCGGCAGCCUGCUGGCCAUCACGCUGGACCGCUACCUGUCGCUGCGCCACGCGCUGACCUACCACGCGGAGCGCACGCGGCCGUCCACCUGCGCGCUGCUGCUGCUGCUGUGGCUGGCGUGCGCGGCCGCCGCGCUGCCCCCGGCGCUGGGCUGGCACUGCCUGCGGCGGCCGGCGGGCUGCAGCGUGCUGCGGCCCGUCACGCGGCCCCACGCGGCGGCGCUGGCGGGCGCCGUGCUGCUGCUCUACGCGCUCAUGCUGCAGCUGUACGCGCGCAUGGUGCGCGUGGCGCGGCGGCACGCGCAGCAGAUCGCGGUGCAGCGCCGCUGCCUGCCGCCCGCCCGGCCCCGCGGGCUCUGCGCCGCCGCGCUGGUGCUGGGCGCGCUGGCGCUGUGCUGGCUGCCCUUCGCCGUGUACGCGCUGGUGGCCGACGCCCGCGCGCCCGCCCUCUACACCUACUGCCUGGCGCUGCCCGCCGCCGCGCACUCGCUGCUCAACCCGCUGCUCUACGCCUUCCGCCACCCCGAGGUGCAGCGCGCCCUGGGCUCGGCCUGCUGCGCGCCCGCCGCCUCCAGCGACGUGUGAGCCCGCGGGCAGGGCGGUCACUGCCAGGGCAGG